AUGACGCGUAUCAGUGAGCUGAAAGAGCUGCAACAGAAGCAUCUCACACGACCGAGUUUCAGUGACGAAGGUGGCCUAGAAGAGAAGAACAUUGAAGCGCUCACUCGUGAAAUAACAAAGAUGAUGUGUCAUGUCCAGAAUAUUCUGCAGGUGAUCCAACAGUCUCAGGUAUCGGGAACCACGGUGGAAAAGUUUCGCCGCAACAUCGUUUCAGCCCACGUAGAUUUGCUACAAAAGUUGAACGUCAACUUGCGACAGAGUCAGAACCGCUAUUUGCACCAGUUGCAGUCGUACGAGGACGCCUGUGAGAAGUACUUUGGCUCGUUCACGGCCAAUGGGCCUUCGCUGCCUGACUAUCAGUUUCAGAACGACGGUGUACCUCCGAAACCAGAAGCGUUGUCGAUGUCCAAAAUCCAGAUGCAGGAAGAGAACGCUGCGCUAUUUAGGGAGAGGGAGAAGGAGAUCGCCUGCAUCAGCGAUUCGAUUCUGGAGUUGAACCAUCUUUUCAAAGAUCUGGCAGCGUUCGUAGUCGACCAAAGCACCGUUCUGGACCGAAUCGACUACAACAUCGAGCGUAGCUGCUUGGCCGCCAAAUCUGGCUAUCACUCCAUUCGUAAGGUCUCUGAAUACCAAAAGAAAAAUCGCAAGAUGAUCCUCAUCGUCUCCUUGUCCUGUUUGGUCAUUAUUCUACUGGUGAUAUUGAUCGUCGUGAAAACAUGA